AUGGCCACCAUCGCGACCCGAGCUGACGGCACCACGGCCGGGGGCAAUGCCGCCUUUCACAACUUCCACAACGACUUUGCUCAUAUUCAGGAUCCCAACGAGCGACGUCGACUGGCUCUGGCCGAGAUUGAUAAGGCGCCCUUUGGCUGGUACCAUGUGCGUGCCUGUACCGUGGCCGGUGUUGGUUUCUUCACCGAUCAGUACGACAUCUUCACGGCCUCGUUCCUCACCGUCAUGUUGGGCAUCGUGUAUGAGCACACCAACAAGGGGAAGCUGCACACCUCGCAAGACACCGCCAUCAAGGUCGCCACCUCAGCAGGAACCGUCAUUGGACAGUUCGGCUUCGGCGCCCUCGCAGACAUCCUCGGACGGAAAAAGAUGUAUGGAUUCGAGCUGAUCCUGAUCAUCAUUGCUACCCUCGCUCAGGCUCUCCUCGGUGCCGGACCCGGCGUCUCUAUCGUUGGUACCAUGAUCUUCUGGAGAGUGAUCAUGGGAAUCGGAAUUGGCGGCGACUAUCCAUUGUCCUCUAUCAUUACCUCAGAAUUCGCUACCACGAAGUGGAGAGGAGCGAUGAUGGCUGCUGUCUUCUCUAUGCAAGGCUUUGGCCAAUUGGGUGGUGCGUUGGUCAUGCUCGUCAUCACCGUCGGCUUCAAAGGUUCUCUCGAGUCUGCUACCAGCUACGGUCAGUGCGAUGGCGUUUGCGGUCUCGCAGUCGACAAGAUGUGGCGGAUCCUGAUCGGAAUGGGAGCGGUUCCAGCGUGCAUCGCUCUCUAUUUCCGUCUCACGAUCCCCGAGACGCCCAGAUACACCUUCGAUGUUGCUCGCGAUGUCGAGAAGGCCAAAGCGGAUGUCCAGGCCUACGUGACCGGCAAGAAGGAGGGCGUUGUCGAUGAUGAUGCCAUUACCCAGGCCAAGCAAGACUCUGCGGCCUUGGAACAGCCCAAGGCCAGCGUCCGGGACUUUCUCAGUUUCUACGGCAAGUGGAAGAAUGGAAAGAUUCUUCUCGGCACGGCGGGCUCAUGGUUCCUGCUGGAUGUCGCUUUCUACGGCCUCGGUCUCAACAGUGCCACCGUACUCGCUUCCAUCGGCUACGGAACUGGUCCCAACGUAUACAAGAUUCUCUACAACCUGGCAGCCGGUAACUGUAUCCUCAUUGCCGCAGGGGCCAUUCCUGGUUACUGGACGACUGUCGCGACUGUGGAUACGAUCGGUCGCAAGCCGAUCCAACUGGGUGGCUUCAUCAUCCUAACAAUACUCUUCGUCGUCUGGGGUUUCAACUUUAAGAACCUUACGGGGCAUGACAUGCUCGGCUUGUACAUCCUCGUUCAAUUUUUCUUCAACUUUGGCCCCAACGCCACCACGUUCAUCGUCCCAGGGGAAUGCUUCCCAACGCGCUACCGCUCCACCUCGCAUGGUUUCUCGGCCGGCAUGGGCAAAAUCGGUUCCAUCAUCGCGCAAGCGGCCAUCGCGCCACUCCGCACCCGCGGCGCCACCGCCCAGAACGCGUCCCCGUGGCAGAACCACGUCAUGCAGAUCUACUCACUCUUCAUGUUCCUCGGCAUCUUCACCUCGCUGCUCAUCCCCGAGACGAAGCGCAAGACCCUCGAGGAGCUGGCGGGCGAGUAUGACUUUCAAGGCGAGCCGGCUGCUGGUGCUGGUGCUGGUGCUGGUGAUGAUGUCCUGGCCAAGGAGAAGAUGGGCGGUAGUGAUCAGGAAGGGAAGAGCGUUUGA